AUGAUCCGUGUGGUCCCUGCCUCCUAUUCCCCUGCAGGAUCUUCUAGCUCAGAAGACAAAUAUCAGUCUUUGAGAAUUGGGAUGGCUGUUGGAGAUUUGGCUGUAGGAAUGGUCUUCUUAUUACAGACUAUAUUCGGAAUCCUGGGGAAUUUCUCUCUUCUUUACCAUUAUCUCUUCCUUUAUUUCACUGGGUCUAGGCUAAGAUCCACAGAUGUGAUUGUCAGGAACCUGAUUGUAGCCAACUUAUUGGUCUUGUUCUCUAGUGGAAUCCCCUAUACAAUGUCAUCUUUCGGGCGGUAUCAAGUCUUCACUGAUUUUGGAUGCAGAUUUUUUCCCUAUGUUCGAGGAGUGGGCAGAGGUGUUUCCAUUGGCACCACCUGCCUUUUGAGCGUGGUCCAGGCCAUCAUGAUCAGCCCCAGGAACUCCAAGUGGGCAGAGCUUAAAGUGAAAACUCUCAAGUGCAUUGUCCCCACAAUUUUCAUGUGUUGGAUCCUCCACAUGCUGGUAAGUGUCAUUUAUCCUAUGUUUCUGGCUAGCAAUUGGAGCAACAAAAACAUCACAAACCAAAAAGCAUUCGGAUAUUGCUCUUCUGUUCGUCAUGACAAAACCAGUGACUCAUUAUAUGCAGCAUUGCUAUCAUUCCCUGAUGUUUUCUGUUUGGUGCUCAUGAUCUGGGCCAGCAGCUCCAUGGUUUUCACCCUGUUCAGGCACAAGCAAAGGGUCCAACACCUUCAUAGGACCAAUGUCUCCUCCAGAUCCUCCCCUGAGUCCAGAGCUACCAAAACCAUCCUUCUCCUGGUGAGCACUUUUGUCUAUUUUUACACCCUUUCUUCCAUCUCUCAUGUGUGUUUGUCUCUUUUUAACAAUCCCCACCAGUUUCUCUUAAACAUCACUUCAGUAAUCACUCUGUGCUUCCCAACUGUCAGCCCCUUUCUACUCAUGUGCCGUGACUCCAGUGUAUCCAGGCUCUGCUUUGCCAAUAUAAGGAAUACAAAAUACCCUAAUCUUAUGAGAAAUAUGUGA